UGCCCGAAAGCGCACAUGCAAAGGCUGGUUGCGUCGAGAGACACCGUCUAGUCGCGUUUCUUCUGUUCUGAGGCUGCUUGCUGUGAAGGGACUUUGAAUGAGGAAGGAGAGAACUAAAAACCGAGGCACCUUCUGCUCUCUUUCUCGAGCGCGGCUCCUCUCCCGUCAGAGAACUGUUCGCUCUUUUGUCUGUCCGAGACGAGGGAGAGAGAGAGACAAGCUCUUGUCUUAAUAUGCAGCGCUGCCUUCUACAAACAGCCUUUUUCCGGAGGGAACACAGCUCGUUCUCUCUUUUUUCUUAUUUUCUGCGUUCCUUUUUUCUUCCCUCCUCUCGAAAAAACAAGUCUGCGUACAUACACCGCAUCGAUUCGGCGCAACGAUCUUUUCGUAGAGCCUUCUGUGUCUCUCUGUUUCCUGGUCUUCCUCUCUGCCUCUCGCUUUUCCCUGCUGCCUUUGCGCUUCCUUCUGCUCUCCGUCAUCCUCCUUUUCUGUCGCCUUUUUCUUUGUUCGAGAUGGCGGCAGCUGCUAGCUGGCACUUCGCCCGGCGCGUGACGCCGCCGAGGCCGAGCCUCCUUUCUGGCCUCUCGGAAAGACAAACACAGCUUUGUCGCCUGCAUGCAGUCUCUUCACUUUGCGCGCGUUUUUCGAAGUCCACCGUCCCAGCAUCUUGUGAACGGAGGCGCCUCUCUUCGCCCCCGUCCCCGAGGCGGGGAUCUCCCUCGUCUGUCUCGUCUCCCCUCGAUCCUCCCUUCUCGUCUUCGUUUCCUGCAUCUGCUUUUCCUGUUCGAGUUCCCCCGUCGGCACCUCUGUCUGCCGCGAUUCCGCUGCACUGGAUUUCCUCUUCUGUCGCCUCUGCUCUCGUUCCUCGAACUGUCUCCGUCUCGUCUCCGUGGGUGGAGUCUCUCCUCCCUCGACACAGCGAAAGCCGCCUCUUUUCCUGUUACUCUCGGUUGCUGUCGCCUCUUCUUCUGCGGUCAGGCUUCAGUCCGCAAGUCGAGACAGCCGGGAGCGCGGAGCCACUCUGUCCUCACAGUUUCCUGCCUCUUUCUUCUCCGGUGUCUCCUCAUCGGUCUUUCUCCAACUCUUCUCGUCCCCCCUCUGCGCCCUCUUCUUCUCCCUUCCCCUCUUCUUCCUCUUCAUCUCCCUUCCCCUCUUCUUCCUCUUCUUCUCCCUUCCCCUCUUCUUCCUCUUCUUCUCCCUUCCCCUCCUCUUCCUCCUCUUCCUCUUCUUCCUCUUCUUCGCCUUCGCCUCACCUGCGCAAUUUCCAGCGUUUGUCUGUAGACACAUUUGCGCGGUUUUCUCGAGAUCCCGUCGCGUUUUUUCGGCGCUGUCGCAUGCAGUAUCCUGUGCCUCUCUCGUGGCGGGGCGCAAGCGCGCAGUCCGUAUUCCGCAAGACGCUCGAAGAGGGGAAGAUGCACUGGAGGCAGGCGAAAGGCUCCUCGCGCCGAGCGGCUUCCCUCUUGGCGGCAGGCAAGAACCGGCUGCGGUCCGAGUGGGAAACUCGGCUGUUCUCCGAGACCGACCGCAGGGCCUUCCUCGAGCGACAGAAGGCGAAGCUGCGAGCGCAGAGGCAGCAGCUCCUGCGCCUCGUUCUCCGCCAGCAAAGAUCUGUGCAGGAGCGCGGCCUUCUCUGGCUCGACAUGCGCCGCAGAAAAGUUGAGGCGACUCUGCUGCGUUUGCAGCAAAGCGGUCGAAUGCAGCAACUCCGACGCGUCAAGUCCCAGGUCUUCCACCAAGGCAAACGAGCAACAGAGCGCUUGAAGGGCCUCUGGGAGAAGUAUGGCUGGGCGUCGGUCUUGGCUUAUGCAGGCGUCCACUGUGGAACCUUUCUCGCACUCUUCGGUCUCGCUCAGAUGAUCAGUGACGAGUCGGUUCAGCGCGUCGCCGAUCUGCUUCAUCUCGACAAGAUUAUCGACAAAGAAGCUUUGAUCAACGAGAAAAGCGCGUUCUGGGGUCGCCUGCUCUUCGCCUAUGCUGCAUGCAAGCCUCUCACACCUGUCCAGGUUGCCGUAGCGUUUUGGUGCACUCCCCACCUGGCGCGCUUUAUGGGCCGCCGCGGCAUUCCUGUUCAUGUCAGCAAGGCGACGGUGACGCAUCUGCGAGGAAAGCUCCGUUUUCGACGGCGAAAAUCGUGUGAAAAGAAUACCCUUUGACGGGAACAAAGCACGGUGUCAACGGCUCUCCGGCACCGUGUCAGGAGGUGUGUAGUGACACCGGCAGACGGGGCUGCUCGGUGUCUUUUUCGAGGGGUUGAGGCUGAAGCGGCAGCCUCUGUUUGUGUAUGUAACUUCGGGGUCCUACAACUCAGCGUAGCACCUCGGUAGUAUUUUGGUUCGGCUUCGUCUCUAGAGACAGCUCCUGUCGUGUUACACAACGGCAUGUAGUUUUUAUAUCUGCGAUUCUGCUUGCGGUGUCGAUAAGCUGCUAUCCAGAGGCGUCCGUUUGAAACAGUCCUCGCUCGUGAGGGAAUACGACGCUGCGGCCGCGUGAACUUGCCUUAGAAAACACUGCCCCUACGAAGAAUGGCAGCUUCCACUUUGGCUGGGUACGGACUGAAUGCGGCGCCCCAGAACAUCAGCUGUUACAGGAAGUGGUUGCCUAGGGCCGCACGCCGCUGGAAACACAUGUAGGCAACGCCACCAAUCAUGAUAGAAAAGCGUGAGAGAGGAACACACAGACAGGUUGACUGCAAGACUUAACAACACCUAGGAUAAAAAUCCACUACGUUCAAGCCAGGGAACGGAGGAUGCGUAGGGAGGUUCGCGUCGAUGACAACGACACAGCUCCGGCUUAGGUCUGAGUUUUCAGCUGCAACCACUUUGCCAAGAGCAGUGUUCGCAGCUGGACUGAUGCACGGUCGCCAAAGUGAGGCGGCAGUGCGUUUGUCGGUGCAGCCUGGACGGUUCUCCGGUGGUUACACUCUAAUCAGGAUGACCAGCUAACGCGUAUCUCGGCCACAGGUCGCC